CGUGUCUGUUGGCAGCGCAGGGAACGCUGUGCUGUUCGCUGCGCGCUGCGCCGCCGCCGCGCCAACAAGUGACACAAUUUGGGUUGGGGUAAAGCGGCCGGCGCUUUCGGGCGGUGUACACGUUUCGUUAGCUUCUCUAUUUUAAAAACUACUUGCUUGACGAUAUCCGGGAAGGGACCGACCGCAUCACCGCGGCGUCGACUCUACACCACUGUCACUCAUUUUCGAUGCAGUCGACCUGCGUACGCGUCGCUGGUCGCUUCGCGCGCACGCGCGUCCGCCUUUAUGCACUUAACACAUUUUGAUAGUUAAUAAGUUUUAACGUGCAAAGGUAAAUGAACUUAUUAUAAACAAAGUGCCUUUUUUCAAUCAGAGGAUGUAUGAUACGCAGAGGUGAUAUUUGUGGUGCCAGUUGAUAAUUUUUAGUUACCAUGAGCGGGAGGGAAGGCGGAAAUGCAGUUCCCUCUUCAAGUGCAGCGGGCGCGAGCGGCAGCGCCGUCCUAGGGGUGACGCGCCGUGGACGGUGUAAGUGGUUCAACGUCGCAAAGGGCUGGGGGUUCAUUACCCCUGACGACGGAGGGCAAGAUGUUUUUGUGCACCAGAGCGUCAUUCAGAUGCCAGGAUUCCGGUCUCUUGGCGACGACGAGGAGGUUGAGUUCGAGUGCAAAGAGUCCGACAAGGGGCUCGAGGCGACGCGUGUCUCCGGGCCCUCAUCUGUGGACUGCCAAGGAUCACAUCGACGCCCACUCGCCAAGAAACGGUUCAGAAAGAUACGUUGCUACAACUGCGGUGAGUUUGCUAACCACAUAGCGGCCAAGUGCACCAUCAGCCCACAACCAAAGAGAUGUCACAACUGCAAGAGCGAGGACCAUCUUAUCGCCGACUGUCCAGUUAAGCUGGAAAAAAAGAGGGACGACACCACCAAGAGUAGUUCGAGCGGCUCUCAGGGAGGGCAGCAGGACAGUCCGCCGCACUCGUAACUCCAUACACACAUCCCCCGUAUUCCAAGACCCCACGAAACUUUUACACUUUCUAACGGCAUUUCUUCGUUCUUACUUUAACUAUGUUAUAACGUUUUAUAAAUUUAGACAAAGCUUAUUUCCGUCUAGAUACUCCAUUCCAAAACGAAACGACUUAAUUGAAUUAACAGGUUCUAUUACGAAAAUAUUUUAUAAUUGCCAAACUACAUAUGUGUAACCAAAUGUUAACUAACUUAAGAACGCAUCUACCUCACUAUAGUUACAGUUAAACUAUACAAAUAAGUACAAGACUGAUCGGUACAAAUCCAUAAUUCUAGUACAAACUAUACAAUAUAUACAUUUUGAUAAUUUUAAUGAUAGUAAUAUUACAACUUAAGUUUUCAAACGUAACGUAAGUACAAAUUUUAUGUGUUCGAGUGACCUUAAUUAUUUUACGUAUAUUGGUGUUUAUCCAAAGUUAAGUGUGUGUUUAUAUUAUUAUUUUGUUGCUAUAUUAUAUUAUGACAAACUUUAUGUUAGUUUUAGCUCAUAAAUAACGUAACGACAAGUUAUAAGAAGUAUUAUAACUGGCUAUGAAGCAAAUCAUGGGAGAAACAUAUGCUAACAGAUAAACAGUUAAAACUAUUGUCAAUAUCAGAGAUGAAGAUUUAAGAGAUAUUUGACUGCCUCGUCGCUGAGCUUGAGGUCCUAGGUUCGAUUCCCAGGUCGUGCAAAGUAUUAUUAUGUUUUUCGAAUCAGAAAUUCAAAGCAGAGGCACGAAGUCUGGAUUUUGUCCGGUGUGUGAGAAUAGAUCCUAUUGCAGGGAAUAAUAUAAUCGGUGGAAAUAUCGAGGUGUCCUAUACAUACUCUUGUUGAACCUCUUUGGGGGAAAUACAGAUAUGAUGUGAAAAAUCUGGAGUACCUAUAUCGUAAUAAAAGUACAAAACCUUAAAGGUAGGGCUGACAAACAGAAGGUAAAUGUAAGCUCUUAAAUAAUAUAAUGUUCGACGAAUAAUGUAAGAAAGGAAAAUAUCAAUUUUCGUUUGUAUAUUUUACAAAUUAUGCAAUGUAAACGUUGAAGUUAAUGUGCCAAAGUCAAAUUAACAUUGUUGCAAUAAUUGUAAAAAUAUUUUUAAUUAAGUGUAGAUUCUGUACGAGUUGUAUUUCUAUUACUUGCCCUAGCAUACGAGUGCUUUACUUUAAACAGAUAACUGAGAGUACAAAUGUAAUGUUUCUACGAAUAUUUUAGAUUAACUUUGUCAUGUAUAUAACAUUUGCGACUUAUGUUUGCUCAAGAGCCUAAUCAUAGUUAAGUAGAACAAGUUUUGGGAAUAGUGUGGGUACUUAAACUUCAUCCUACGUUUUUUACAGUUUGGUGUCUAAGUGUUAGUGUAUUCAGUUUCAUUGAAUGUAAUCAAGAUUGCCAGAUACUUCUAGCGUCAUGCUGAGCAUAGCAAUUAGUGCAUUUGAGCUAUAAAGCGGUCUCCGAUAGUUCGGUCAGAAAGUUGCUGUGGCAAUGUCUAAGUAAGAAACGGUUAAAAGCUGCACCUUAAGAUAGAAAUCUACUUAACUAAAACUAAAUGUCUUGCUUCGAAGUUUGUUUCCCUUCGAAUUCAACUUGAACAUGCAUUGAAAUAGUUCUAAUGAUCCACUUAAAUAUGUAGCAAACUUUUCUGCACCCAAAGUUCACUAGUAAAUACUCACACCAAUUCGGAACUUAACACACGUGAGAAUUUCCUGAAGCACGCGAUUUAUUUUUACGUAAUAAAUACUUAAUACCCAUCGAUGUUAAUUUAAGACUUUGUUUUUACACAAAAAUCUAUUUAGGUAGUUUAGAUACAUACACGAAGGAGUAAUCUACCUCAAUAUUUAUGAAUAUGAUUUAGUUAUUGUAGUUAAGAUAUUUUAACGUAUUUGUUUUUAGGUUAUACUUAUAACUGACUGUCGUUAAACCAACGUGUUAUCGAAAUCUUCACACAGGCCCACUGAAACUGUCUUCGGUACACUCUUUAAAUAUAAUUUGCACAUUUGUAGUUUAUAAUAUAUCAAGAAACCUCAUCUACAAGUAAUGUAAAAUGUAUGUAGUUAAUAGUAAUUAAUGUGUAACGUCCGCCUGCGUUAGAUACCAAUGAUUUUAUAUUGUGUUCGUAGUAAUUUUUGUAAAACUACAUUUAUCUGUUAAUGUUUAGUUUUUCAAGCCAUAGUAAGGUAUACGUUGAAUUAUAUAGAGGCUCAGUUCGCAGUGGCGCCGACACAUUUUAUCUACAAGUAGCAAUAUUUCAAUUACUAAAGUUUUUUAUUAGAUUUUUGGUGCGAAUAAAUAAAGUCAAAGUUGUAAUUAUUGUAAGUCAGUUGUUAUUAAUAUCAGGUACAAUAAAUUAAGGUUAUCACUAUUUAAUGUUUACAAAUUACACAAUACGUUUUUAUUGUACUUUCAAGUUUUACUUCUAUCAAUCGAAACGAAAAAAUAAUUGUAUUUUGAAUGCAAUAAAUUUAAAAAUCACGUCAUUAUAAUAAUUAUGAUAUAGUACGUUUAGUCAGCGUUACAUCACGGUAGAGACAGGUCGGUUUAUAGAUAUUAUACACUACGGGUCUUUUUGCAUUUCUUUUUAUAUAGCAGUAGUUGUAAUGUAGUUUUAAUUUAUAAGAUUUUAAUGAAAGACUAUUUGCAAACAUCUACCUCAUAAUUUAAUUACGUUAAAUAGAGUCUAUUGAUAAGUUAAUUAACAUUUUAUAAAUUCUAGCUAUUAUUUUUUCCAUAAUUAUAUCUUUGCUGAAUGCCGAAUUUCUUUCUUAGAGUUUAAAUUUUGUUUUUUAUUAU